AUGGAAGCUAGAAAAAGAUUUAUGUCUAUUGAUCUAACUAAACUUCCAGAUCCUCCAAUGCCAUCCUAUAUGUUUACCCUUUUCAGUCGCGAUUUAUUUGAAAAGUCAAAGUUCAAGGACUAUGACUCUUUACUUGAAAGUAAGGUAUCUCGUUCUCAAGCUAGAGUAAGUCAUUUGGCAUCAAUACUUGGAAAUGGUAAUUCGAUUGGUGCAAACGGAAAUCUGAUGAGGCCACACAUUAAGCAUGAGAGUAAAACUGCCGAUGCCAAGGUUCCGGAAACAACCAGUACAUAUUACGUAAAUGGUGAGUAUGUUGCAUCUUUUACUAUUGGCGGUGAACAAAUUAAAAAUUACUUGCUAAUAGACACUGGCAGUGAUUUAAUAUGGUGGCAAUGUAAACCAUGUACGGAAGGGGGCUGUUACAAUCAAGCUGAUCCUAUAUAUGCUGCACCUAAUUCGGGAACAUAUGAAAAACUUGAUUGCGUUGCAAAAAGUGAAAGUUGUUUCACGUCCAAUCUUAUUAGAUGUGACCAGCGUACUCGUGAGUGUAUCUACGAUGUGACAUACGCGGAUAAAAGAAGAACAAAAGGUUGGAUUGCGGGAGAUGUGAUUACUUUUGUUUUAGACCAAAAUCAGGAAAGGAUUCUUUUUGGAUGUGGAAGGGAUCAAACGAGCGGAGACGGAUCUUUUGGUCCUGAAUAUGCUGGAAUUGCUGGCCUCGGGCGUAGAGUGUUGACAAGUGGAUAUUCAUUACCAUCGCAAUUUGAAGCAGACAUUAUGUCCAUGUGUCUACCAGGACUGCACUCUGAAAGUGCAACAAUUAGCUUCCACACAACGCCAUUUGAUAACUCCAUAUCAGCAGAGCUAUUACCAAAUCCCGCCUAUCCUAACUUCUAUUUCGUCAACCUUUAUAAAGUUUUUAUUAACGAAAGGGAAAUCCCUCUGAACCCAUCGAUUGCCAUAGAAAGUGGUUGCGUUGUGGAUACUGGAACAGUUAUUACCAAUUUCCCUCGAGAUAUUUAUAAUGUAUUUCGUGACACAUUCAGACAAGAAGUACAAGACUUGACUUUGGUUGAUAAUCCAACACCUGGAGCUUUCGACACUUGCUAUAACGUGGAUCCGGGUGUUGUACCAAAUUUUCCCAUUGUGAGGAUGCACUUCAGCGGUCAAAACCCGAAUAAUAUGGUGUUACUGACACACCAACAAGUCGUGACGUAUUUUCACGGGCUAUACUGUCUGGCUUUUCAUGCAUGGGACGAAGGCUUCACAAUUUUAGGAAAUUAUCAACUCCAAGGUAUAGGAUUAACUUUUAAUACUGCAGAAAAUACUUUGUCUUUUCAGUUAAAUGUCUGUGAUUGA